AUGCCGAUCUGUCAGAUUACCAGUCAACAAUUUGCCGGGUUUUGUGCGGAAUUCGAGUUUUUGCAGCCCAUUACAGUAGCCAGCAAUUCGCAAAGAAUUUCGGCUCGUUUGCCCCACUUACCACGAUUUUUGAUGCGUACCACCAUCCUAUACUUCGUCGCCUUCAUCUCCGUGUCCCUAUCAAUCCAAUGUUUCCUCGACAGAAACAAUCACACUUUCCGGCACACAAGUGAUAAAACGACGGUGGAUUGUUCUGGAAAUUACUGUAUGAAAAUGGUUGUCGAAUAUGACGGCGCGCAGGAGACCGACUGGGAUUGUGGAGACAAUAUUUGCCCGGAGCAAGCCGGCAGCCACCAAUACCACGGCCGCCCCGAGCACACUUACUGCUGUCAGGGCGCCAAGUGCAACACCGCCACCGCCUUCCAGCUCAUCAGAAUCAUUUUUGGGAUUUUCGCCCUGGUCGCCUAUCGUCAUUUG